GGAGGAAGCCGGAAGCGGCGUAGUGGAACGGCGGCCGAGCGGGUGCGCGCAUCGGUGGCCAUGGGGGAUAAGUUUGACCACCUGGAGGAGCACCUGGAGAAGUUCGUGGAGAACAUCCGGCAGCUCGGCAUCAUCGUCAGCGACUUCCAGCCCAGCAGCCAGGCCGGGCUCAACCAGAAGCUGAAUUUUAUUGUUACCGGCUUGCAGGAUAUCGAUAAGUGCAGACAGCAACUUCAUGAUAUUACUGUCCCUUUAGAAGUGUUUGAAUACAUAGAUCAAGGUCGAAACCCCCAACUCUACACCAAAGAGUGCCUGGAGAGGGCUCUGGCUAAAAAUGAGCAAGUUAAAGGCAAGAUUGACACAAUGAAGAAAUUUAAAAGCCUGUUGAUUCAAGAGCUUUCUAAAGUCUUUCCUGAAGACAUGGCUAAGUACCGAAGCAUCCGAGGGGAGGACCACCCCCCUUCCUAAAUUCUUCCUCCGUCUGUCUGAAGAUCCUCCAAGUCUUGCACGAGUGGCCGUGACCUUCAGGCAGCCUGUGACUGAGCAGCACCGAUGCUGUUUCCUGAGCCCAUCCUCCUGCCACCUUCUCCUUGUCGUUGGCUUCUGGGGAUAGCGGGCCUGGACGGCGUGCGAGGCUGUGCCGCCAGCUGCCCCCUCCCUGAUGUGCUCUGUUUGGUCCUCAAACUCGUUUGGCUGCUGAUCUCACAUCUUUGAGUGAGGUGCAUAUGGUUCUCCACGGCCAAAUAGUCCUGGAAAUAUUAAACAUGAUAGGUAAAGUAAAAGUUUUAAAGAAUUCUACGUAAUCGUUUUCUUUUAAUAUACUCUUUCUGUUCCUUAUUUUUUUUUUUUUGGUGUCAAAGAAAGCUAAAAAAAAAGAAAAAUUGGUUUAAUAUGAGAAGUACUUUAAGUUGGUUUUGUGUUUUAUAUUUUAAGUAUAGUACGUAAAGAAUGUGUUCAAUGGAACUGUUUCCGUGGAUUUCAGUUAGUCUAACAUAAUAAAGUCUUUAAG